AUGUCGCUGUCGCGAUCGCCCUCCCCCCUCCCGGGAGGAGGCUGGUCGAGUCCCGGCCUGACGCCGGGCAGCGGCGGCGCCAGUCCUCGCGAUCCUCACUUCUACUCUCACACUCCCACCGGCCCCAGCGGCAUCUCCUGGGCGGCUGCCAAAGCGAAGAGCGACGAGGUGCGCGGAUAUCCCUCCUUCUCGACCCGCAACAGUGGUUUCUUCUCGCGCCAAAAGCGCAAGAUCUCCGCCAGCCUGCCGCGAUUCACCCUCACCCUGUCGCACGACUACCGAGAGAAGGAGAAGCUGGGCCGCGGACGAUGGCAGGGCGGUGGUGGCAGUUGGAAGGGCCGUCUGAUCUCCUUUGUGAGUGCGAUGCUGCGUCGCAAGGGGUUUAGGCUGUUGCUAUUGGCGAUUGUCUUAUUCGUCUGCUACUUGAAUUUCUGGGAGCCCAUUGUCGAAGCGUAUCGGAGAUCAUCUUUAGGCGGUGGGCGGAAAAUUGUGAUGAUCGUAGAGUCCAAUGUCGAAGGAGGCGUCAUGGAGUGGAAGGGAGCGCGAGAAUGGGCGAUUGAGCGAGUCAGCCUGUGGAACAAGAAAAAGUACGCUAAACGCUGGGGACACGAGCUGGAGAUUGUCAACAUGGUGGCCAAGAAGCGGUAUGCCCACGAAUGGCGCGAGAGCUGGGAAAAGGUCGAUGUCAUUCGGGAAGCCAUGCGCAAGUAUCCGAAUGCCGAGUGGUUCUGGUGGUUGGAUUUACAUACGUUUAUCAUGGAGUACUCGUAUUCCCUCCACGAUCACGUCUUCAAAAACUUGGGCCCCUACACCUACCGCGACAUCAAUGUCUACAACCCUCUCAACAUUUCGCAUCCUCUAACCGACUUCUACCUGGAUCCUUUGUCCCUCUCCGCCGAGGGGGAUGGCGACCCUUCCUCGAUCAACCUCAUCGUUUCCCAGGACUGCGCCGGAUUCAACCUGGGUUCUUUCUUCGUGCGCCGUUCCGUGUGGACGGACCGGCUGUUGGAUAUCUGGUGGGAUCCGGUGCUGUACGAGCAGAAACACAUGGAAUGGGAGCACAAGGAACAAGACAGUCUCGAAUAUCUGUACGCGCAUCAACCGUGGAUCCGACCCGGGGUGGCAUUCAUCCCGCAACGACGCAUCAACUCCUUCCCGCCGGGCGCGUGCGGGGAUGGGACCAAUCUGGGGAUCCAUUACCAGGAGAAGGAGCGCGACUUCCUGGUCAACAUGGCCGGAUGCCAAUGGGGACGCGACUGUUGGGGCGAGAUGUACAAGUACCGCGAGCUGAGCAACUGGCUGAACCGGACGCGGUGGGAGCGAUUCAAGGACGGACUCAGCGCGUUGUUCAAGAAGAUAUUCGGGAAACGGGAAGAGAAGGGGCAGGAGCAACAGCAAGAGCAAGAACAAGGACAGCAGCAAUAA